AUGCAUUCAUUCAAACAGAUCAUUAAUGUAUACUCAAAUAGCAAGCCCAUCUUUGAGCAGUUUGGGAAGAUCUAUGAGCUUACGGUGAUCAAGGACAAGUACACGGGAAUGCACAAAGGAUGUGCGUUCUUGACGUACUGUGCGAGGGAGUCAGCCUUGAAGGCCCAGAAUGCACUGCACGAGCAGAAGACAUUGCCGGGGAUGAACCGCCCCAUUCAAGUGAAGCCAGCAGACAGUGAGGGCAGAGGAGACAGGAAGCUGUUUGUGGGGAUGUUGGGGAAACAGCUGUCAGACACCGAUGUAAAAAAAAUGUUUGAGCCUUUUGGAAGUAUAGAGGAGUGCACGGUACUCAGAGGGCCUGACGGAGCCAGCAAAGGUUGUGCAUUUGUAAAAUAUCAGAGUAAUGCAGAAGCGCAGGCGGCCAUUAGUGCUCUACACGGCAGCCGCACUCUCCCGGGUGCAUCUUCUAGUCUGGUGGUGAAGUUUGCAGACACAGAGAAGGAGAGAGGAAUCAGGCGUAUGCAGCAGGUGGCCUCCCAGCUGGGUGUCAUUAGUCCCAUGAGUCUACACCUGGGCGCCUACAACGCCUACACACAGGCACUCGUCCAACAGCAGGCCUUGGUGGCUCAGUCUGCAUAUCUGUCUCCUGUGGCGACGGUUGCCGCGGUGCAGAUGCAGCAGUUGGCUGCUCUCAAUCCCAGCAGCAUCAUAGCCACACCCAUCGCCUCAAUCACGCCCUCCUCAGGUACGAGCACUCCUCCAACCAUUGCUGCCACACCUUUGCCUGCUUUGCCUCCACCAAUCGCACUCAACAGUUACCCUCAAGUCUCCGCACCACCCAAUGGCCAGUCUGCCUCUGAAACCCUCUACACUAAUGGUGUCCAUCCAUAUCAGGCUCAGAGUCCUGCAUUGGAUCCUCUCCAGCAGGCGUAUACAGGCAUGCAACACUACACAGCUACAUAUCCUGCUGCUUAUGGAUUGGUUGGUCAACCAUUUCCACAUCAGCCCACUUUGGUUGCCCAGCAGCCGCAGCAGCUGCAACAACGAGAAGGCCCAGAAGGCUGCAAUAUAUUUAUUUAUCAUCUGCCUCAGGAGUUCACCGACUCUGAGAUGCUGCAGAUGUUUCUGCCCUUCGGUAACGUCAUUUCAGCCAAGGUGUUCGUUGACCGCGCCACCAACCAGAGCAAAUGCUUUGGUUUCGUAAGCUUCGACAACCCAGCGAGCGCUCAGGCUGCCAUCCAGUCCAUGAACGGCUUUCAGAUCGGCAUGAAGAGGCUUAAAGUUCAGCUGAAGAGGCCUAAAGAUGCCAACCGCCCAUACUGAGCCGAACAGGGAAGAAAGGAGAGGACUAUCGGAGUCAAUUACAAGUCUCUUUUCCUCCUCUGCAAAUUACGGGACCAACAACUUUCACAAAACUACAGUAUAAAACCUACCGAGAUUAUUUAAACAAAAAUAUACAUUUAAUCACAAAGACAGACUUAUCGCAAGAAGUGCAGGUUAAAUAGAAUGAUUUGCUACCUUAACUGUAUACAAUAUAGGACCAAUCAGCAACGCAAUGCCACUUGCUCUUCUGCUUGUGGGUCGUGACCUUUCUGUCCUCGGCCCACACAUCUACGCCCUGCACACACACACAAAUGGGACCAAUGCAAAUAUGUCAGUACUACACGAGUUUCGCUUCUGGGUUCAAAGGAACUAUGAACUAUUAAAGUCUUUCUGCAGCAAUGUAAAAUAUGUAUAUAGAAAUGUGAGGGGACCAUGUGUAGACAUAUCGAAACGGUUGGGAGGGUGGGACUGGGUCAAUGUGAUCAGAGCAAAUAAUCAUGGGUGGUAUAUGGUAGAUAGAGAAAGAAUGUCCUUUUGGGAGUUUUGAAGGAUUUGCUCUUGGUCUCUAAUCUGAGUCCAGUUAUACAUAGUUCUUCAUCUUCAAUACUUAAGGAAACGAAUGACCUGUGGUAUGGGAUGCUGGUCCUAUAUCGCAAACCUCCCUAAAAUGACUGAAUAUAGUUUAUCACAGAGAGGCUGUAGUUAGAGUUUUUUAUUUUUAGGUUUGUUAGUUUUUCUUUUCUUUUUGUUAAAUUGUGGAUGAUUCGAGAAGAUUCAUGAAAGUUAAAAACAUAAAAAAAUGUAUUUCAUUGUAUAUAUAUCAUGCUUUUAAAAUGAAGGUCAAGAUUUAAACAUUUGGGAUAUUAUUAUUAUUAUUAUUA